AUGUAAAAAAAAAUAUAUUCUAUAAAUAUAAAAUAAUAUAUUUAUAUAUUAACAUAUUAUUAAUAUUAAUUUUAUAAUAUAUCAAUUAGAAUAAAUAAGUAAAUCUUUAGUUUAAAAUGGGUUAGUAAUAUUUUUGUUAACUAAUAAAAUAUAAAAAAACAUUUAUUAUAAGAAUUAUAUGUAUAAAGAAAUGUUAAAUUCUAAUUUAUUGUUUAACAUAUUAAAUUUUUUAAUUAUAAUGAAAACUAUAUAUAUUUAAAUGAAUAUAUUUAAGGAGAUGAUAUGAGUUCUUAGCUUUAUGAUUGCUAAAAUUUUAAAAUCACAAGAUGUUAAUUUUAUAUUGCUUAAUUAAUUUUAUGUUUAGAAUAUUUACAUAAGAAUAAUAUCAUAUAUAGGGAUUUAAAACCAGAAAAUAUUAUGAUAGAUAAAGACGGAUAUAUUAAAUUAGUAGAUAUGGGUACUUGUAAAUUUCUAGAUAAAAAUACUUUUGGUAGGACAUAAACUAUUAUUGGAACUGCUUUUUAUAUGGCUCCUGAAGUUAUUUUAGCAAAAUCUUAUUCUUAUUAUGUGGACUUAUGGAGUCUUGGAAUUAUUUCUUAUGAAUUUUUAUGUGGUUUUGUACCUUUUGAUUUCGAUAAUUAAAAUCCUUCUAUGGUUUAUCAAAAUAUUAUAAGAAAAAAACUUUAGUUUCCUUAUUUUUUAUAAAAAGAAAAAAGUAGCUAUUGAUUUUGUUUCUUUAUUGUUAUAAAAAAGUUGCGACAAAAGAUAAAAAGUUACAUUUUAAUAAUUAAAAAAUCACGAAUUAUUUAGAAAUUUUUCAUGGG